CCGCAACCACGGUUCAUCCCAUCCCAAAUGAUGUUAUCCCACAGGGAACAGCAAAAUCAAGGCAAGAUAUCGUACCUAUGAUGAUGCAUGACGACGUGGCUGCCCCUAUGUCUCUCCCUAAUUGGACAUCAACCCGCCCUGACGAGCAAAACCUAGCUUGACAGUUACCCGACCUCUGCAUAGUACCAUCAUUGCGACUGUCCCACUUCCGUCAUUGGGACGGCGAUCGUCGCUCGUUUCUCCCUGAUAAUGGAGGUCUCUUGGACUUGAUUUGACUGGACUCCUCUUAUUUUUGGAUGAUUGCAGAUCUUUACAAGGGAUAUUCAUUCAUUACUAUCAUACCUAUAUCAGACCUAGCAGCAUAAAUAGACAACAGUCGCCAUGCGUCCCUUUCACGAUUCUACUCAUGCUACGGCUUCCUCUUCAUCCUCCUCUUCUACUACAGCUUCGUCUACAGACAAUAUCCCUACAGACAGUAUUACACAAAGUGAAUCGCAACCAGAUUCAACCUCUUGCUUCAGACUGAAUACAACAACGACCGAAGAACAACCCUCGCUCUUUCCCAGAUUGGCCUACAGAUUUAACAGCUCUAAAUUGGGUCAAUAAUUUCUUUACUUUCUCCUAUCUACAACCAUCGAUAUCCUCAACCAUUCAAUCUCUCAAAAACUUGGAAAGAAGACAUUGAACCUUUCAAUCCAAAACAACAACAACAACAACAACAACCAAACCAAUUCAUCUAUCAAUCCAAUAAUCCAAAAUGGGCGCCGUCGUAUCCUGCAUCGCAGGAGUCUUCCGCUCAAUCGGAGCCUGCCUAAAGGGCAUCGUGCACGUCGUCGGCUCCAUCUGCAUGGCGAUCAUCAACGGCGUGGUCUCGCUCUUCGAUGUCCUCAUUACUUGCUUGACGUGUGGGUAUUGUGG